CUUGUUUCCACUAUAGUUCCCAAUACAUUACAUAACAAAUAUUAUUUUGCUGGGAUGGAAAGGUGUACUUAUACCUGCCCAAUGGAAAUAGGAUAAGUCAGGGAAGUUAUUACAUAACACUGACCACAUUCAGCCCUAAAGUUGGGACUGGACACCAUCCUAAGCAGGCUCCUUCAAUAAUGGAUGACUCAUUGGCCUUAUGUUGGCAGAACAUCAAUGUUUAUGUAAACAUCAAAAAGAAGAGUUUGUUCCGAAGGACGAGACUGCAAAGGUUGAAAGUUCUUCAUAAUGUAAGCGGAGUUGUACGAUCGGGAAACCUCUGUGCAAUAAUUGGUCCAAGCGGUGCAGGGAAGACGACCCUGCUUGCAGCCAUUGGUCAACGCAACACAGGGAUAUUGCAUGGUGAAAUUCAUAUCAAUGGAUAUACCGUCGAUAAAAAGUUGAUGCAGAAAAUAUGUGGUUUUGUUCCCCAGCAUAAUCUCACAAUUGAUUCGUUGACAGUGAGAGAACAUAUGAAUUUUAUGGCAACCCUUAAAAUGGACAGAAGGGUAACCAAAAACCAGCAAAGCAAAAUAAUAAAUUCGAUAACACAAAAUUUAGGACUUAGCAAGUGUAGUUCUACCACUCUUUCUAAGUUGUCUGGAGGAGAAACCAAGAGAGUCAGUCUGGCUGUGGAGCUCUUGACUGACCCACCGGUGCUCAUAUGUGAUGAGCCGACUUCCGGUCUAGACAGCUAUACAGCAUUGACAGUGAUCGCCCUGCUGCGCCAACUUGCUAGCGACAACAAAAUCAUUAUCUGUUCUGUUCACCAGCCUGCUUCUGGUAUCUUUGAGAUGUUUGACACUGUAUCGCUUCUUGUCUCUGGCGGCAAGCUGGCUUAUUUUGGCGACGUUUCAGCGGCCAAAAAAUUCUUUUCUGAGUUGGGAUUGGUCUGCCCAUUGUCUUAUAACACCGCUGAAUUUGUUGUCAACCAGUUAUCGGCAAUCCCUGACAAGCUGACGGAAAAAUUCACGAAAUCACCAAACAGUUUAGCACUUCAGAAGGAAAUAGAAAGCGUGAAAAUGACAAUGGAUAAAUGCCAGUUAGCGUAUGGGAUGGAUGAAAAGUUUUUAAAAUUUUAUUCCGUUCAGCCUCCAUCACAGAAAACACAACUCAAAUGGCUCAUAUGGCGAUCUGCACUGGACCUGAUCAGAAGCUCUCAAAUGAUUUUUUUCAAAGCUUGUAUAUACAUAAUCACUGCUUUAAUAAUUGCGAUUCCAUACAUUGGGACCAAAGUGAACCAGGAAGGCAUACAGAGCAUCCAAGGCCUCAAUUACACCAUUAUAACAGAAACGAUGUACACUCAGGCGUACGCUGUACUUUACACGUUUCCCCAAGAAAUACCUGUGCUACUGCGUGAAAUAAGUAAUGGAGUUUACAGGCCCGCACCAUAUUAUUUCUCCAAAGUGCUAACUCUGUUACCCAAAGUUGCGAUAGAAGCGAUUUUGUUUUCUGCUGUCAUUUAUUUAGUGACAGGUGUUGAAAUGAAUCAUGGCUUCUUUUGGUUCUGCCUCCCUGUCGUUAUAAGUGCUAUAGUGUCUUCAGCCUAUGGUUGUUGCCUUUCUGCAGCUUUUGAAAAUCUACCAUCGGCCAGUAUGCUCGCAAUACCAUUGGACUUAGUGUCUUACACAUUUUCUGGAAUUUUCCUUCAGUUGAGCACUGUGCCAGUUUAUUUUGCUUGGGUCAAGUAUGUGUCAAGAUUCUACUAUGGACUCGAGGCUAUAUCCAUUUUGCAGUGGAAAGACCUGAAGGAGAUACCGUGUUCCGAAAACAAGGACAUCCCUUGCAUCAACAGUGGCGACAACGUUCUCUAUUCAUACGGCUACCAUCCGAACAAUCUGUUAUUCGAUCUAGGCUGUCUUUUAUUAAUUUUUCUCCUUAUGCAUACCCUUGGGUUCAUUUUUCUUAUGAGGAGAUGCAAAAAACAAGCGUUGUACUGACAUUUCGGAUGAAAUGUUGUUCUUCAACGCACAUUUAUAAAUAUAAUCUUGAGAGGGUAAUUUUAUUGGUUUUAUUAUUA